AUGGACGCAGCACUCGCCACAGAACCCAUUCCCAAGAAGCGCGGACGGCCGAGGAAGGUGGUGAGCGAUGAUGCGCCGACGGUUGAGCCCAAGAAAAGCGUGAGGAAGGCGAGCACGAAGACCGCAGCGGCGGCGAAGGAAGAGGCACCGAAGAAGGUUGCGAAAGCGACAAAGACUCCGGCGAAGGCUACGACCAAGACCACCGCGACAAAAGCCACAAAAGCCACGAAAGCUGCUACAGCACCGAAAACAGCCUCCGCACCCAAAUCUGCACCAUCGGCGAAAAUCCCAAGUGCGACCAAGACGGAGCAGAAGGUCAUCGAGACGCCGAAGGUAGAGGACAAGCCUACACCUGUCACACCCUCGACGAGCAAGAUAUUAGAGGAGGUCUACAAGACAGGCACAGUAAAACCACCAGCCACUGGACCAGCUCCAGAAAAUGAGGUCAUGCUGCCCACAGGCGGCGUUGCCAAUGUAACCAUGGAACAGCCCAUACAUACUCCUCCCACGUUAUCGGAAACAGUCCCAGAAGUCCAACUGCCAACACUCACGCCAUCUGCCUCCUCCGCGCCGCAGCCCUCGCCCACACCCACAGCCAUACCACCCACGUCCUCGACGUCAUCACAACCCCGCCACCUCGCCCAUCCAUCCCUCGAUCCACCCCGGCAACCCCAACCUCAACCGCGAAACCCUCCCACCAAAACCCACCUCCCUCCCGCGGAAACCAACAACAAUCCCCUUCCCACACACCCACUCAACCCCUCGAAACCCGCCCAUCCUCGCCCGAAACCCAUAUCGCCCGAAGAGCUCGAGAAAGCCGCGAAUGAGCGGCACAUCAACGAGGGCCGCAUGCCGCCCAAAUACAAGGGCGCCGCGCGCCGCGUGACGACGAUUCUUGUGGGCAUACCGGUCAUACUGGUGGUGGGAUGGGAUCUGUACAAGAGGUACGAUGCCGAGAUACGGACCAAGUUUGACGUGGAAGGAAAGCGCGUAGAUUCGUAA